GCAACCAACCAUGUCCGGAGACGAUGAUUCAGGUGGCUGGCACCUUACAGAGUCAGAUCCCGCCGUGUUCACGCAGCUCCUGAAAACUUUGGGAACGCCUUAUAUCGUGGACGACUUACACUCCCUUGAACCUGACGCCCUUUCCGAACUGCAGCCCAUACAUGCUUUCAUUUUCCUGUUCAAAUGUCUCCCUUUGGCACUGGAAGAACCGAGAGCUCUGGCGGGUGAAUACGACCCAGAUUUUACGGGGUUCUUCGCCCACCAGACUGCCAACAACGCAUGCGCUACGCUUGCUGUCAUCAAUGCUCUCGGAAACAUACCGUCUCUCAAAUCCGACAGCCGAUUGGCAGACCUGUUGAAUUUCACCACUGGUAUGGAUCCGCAAACGUGCGGGAUGGCAAUCGUCAGUGCCGACUGGCUGCGUGAAGCACACAAUGACCUUUCGCCGCCAAGCACCAUCUCAUUGGAUGGCCUUGGACUCCCAAAUAAAACCGAGGACGCAUAUCACUUUGUGGUAUACCUUCCCGUUUUAGGUUGUGUCUACGAACUCGAUGGCUUAAAACCCCAUCCGGUGUGCCAUGGCACAUUCGAAGACUCGGAUAACGGUUGGCUUCGCAAGGCAAGAGAAGUCAUUGAAAAUCGGAUAGCAACAUAUCCUCCAAGCGCCAUUGAAUUUAGCUUGUUGGCCGUUCGGGAUGAUCCCCUACCAGCUAUGAACAGACAAUUGGAGCUUCUCCAGCAAUCGGGUAAUGACACGGAGGCAGCGGAAGUGCUAUUGAAAAUCUCAAAUGAAACCUCCAGGAGAGAGCAGUGGGCUUUCGAGAACAGCCUUCGUCGCCACAACCAUAUCGGUUUAGCUCAUGCUGCGUUGCUCGCCCUUGAGAAAGCUGAACUACUACAGCCUGCUAUUAAGGACGCUCGAAGGGCUAUGAGGGAACGCGUGGAGCAGCGCCGGCGAAUUGGAUUCACUGGGAUGGAUGAAGACUAACUUCGGCAUGCAUAUCGACUAGGUUGUUUCUUCGUCAUACGUUUGAGAUUUUGCCAUGGGUUUCGCUUUGGCAAUGGGGCUGCUGGCCACUAUCUUCACGCACUGCACAUGACACGAAACGCGAGAGGAGUCCGUUGAGGCAGAAUGCCAAGCGAAAUGAGAAGACGCGAACGUUGUGAGACGAGGGUUUGAUUCUUGGUCCCUUCCGCAGGAGUUACCCGGUUUGGUAUAAAUGUAAUGGCGAGUUAUAGGACUUCAUAUGGGUAAAGUAGGAUCAAGGGACAUGAGAAGAUAAGUAAGACUGUCAUAGAGAAUUCACCAUCUGAGCAUACGGUCGACAGCGUCGGACCGAAUCCUUACAAUAAAUUAUUACUGAGAACUCGAG